AUGGUAACAGUGGGUGUCUCGGGCUGCUUUUUCAGGGACCUUUUGAAAACGUUUGAAGUGCGGCUGGCACUGGGAGAGACGCAGAUGGUCACCGAGAUGCGCGAGUACCUGGAACAAGAGGGCGUCUCUCUGGACGUGUUCGGACAGGCGUCGGCUCCCCGCAGCAAGACGGUCGUGCUCGCGAAGAAUCUUCCCGCGGGGACGACCGCCGAAGAGCUACGUGGCGCCAUCUGCAAGCACGCGGAGCCGUCGCGCGUCGUGCUGCCGCCGAAUGGCGUCACGGCGAUCGUCGAGUUUGCAGACCCGGGCGACGCGAGGAAUGCCUUCACCAACCUUGCCUACAGUAAGUUCAAGCACGUGCCACUCUACCUUGAAUGGGCUCCACUUGAUGCACUGAAGCCUCGAAUUGCACAGAAAGCUAUUGAGACAGAUGGGGUUACACCAGAAGAUGGCAGCACCAAGAAGAAAAGUGAAGAGAAGGCAAAGAAGGAAGGGGAGACUUUGUCAUCAGAUGAGGAGGAAGAGGAACCAGAGGAGAACACCACAAUAUUCGUGAAGAAUCUUAACUUUGAUACAACAAAGGAAAGCCUGCAGCAGGCAUUCUCCAAGUGCGGCGCCAUCUACCAGGUUACCGUUGCGACGAAGAAAGAUGCGAAAGCUCCCGGGCGUCUGCUCUCGAUGGGCUACGGCUUUGUGCAGUACUAUCGCACUCGCGAUGCCAAGCGAUCGAUUAAGGAACUCCAACACUGCGCGCUAGAUGGCCACAGCUUAGAACUGAAGCUGUCACAGCGAGCCACACA